AAAAGUAAUUCCUACGGGAAACUUAUACUAACUAUUCGAAUACAUGAAACCUUACUAGAGAGUGAAACGCUUUACGGGUGGGAAUUAUUUCUGGAAGGUGGGACUUCUGCCUUGAUAAACUUGUUCAUUGGUGCUAUAUGUACGUCACUGAUUUGGCGGCUGAGGUUGCGGAAAAGAGAAUACCCAGUGGGUCUGAAAGUAAAAAAACGUGGAUAAGUGAUAGGAGAGUGGUUUGAAUCUUGCAUUGGUUUAUGCUUUUUACGUAUGUUACGGACCCUGUUGGUGAGGUUUAAUACCAUAAGACAUUUGGCUCUAAUUUAUGAGAAGGAUGUCUCGAGAAACAGGAGGAGAGUCCCAGCAGCAGCAGAAACAGCAGUCACAGCAGUCUCAGCAGUCUCAUUCUCAGGGAGGUUCCAGUUCUUCCAGUGGGCCUCAGUCCUCCAGCCAGUCGUCCUCCACAGGGUCUGGGACACACAGCUCCCUAGACACUUUACCCACCCAAGAACUACUUGCUUCAAUCCCUGAGGAUACUGAACCAGAAGAUCUUCCCAAGCCUUGGGGACGUUUAUGGGCUCUAGCAGCAGGAUUCUGGAAUCAUAACUGCAUAGAUGAUGAGUAUUGGUUUGGAAGAGACAAAUCUUGUGGCUACUGCUUCGAUCACCCAGCCUUAAAUCGAACAGAAAGGUUUAAAACCUACAGUAAGAAGCAUUUUCACAUAAUCAGGGAAAAAGGCCCUGGAAAUUCUUUUGUUGUUUACAUAGAAGAUCACAGUGGAAAUGGAACAUUUAUAAAUGGUGACCUCCUCGGACGGGGCAAGAAAUUGCCUUUAACUAACAAUAAUGAAAUUGCACUUUGUUUGCCAUCACAUAAAGUUUUUGUCUUUUCUGAUUUAACGGUUGAUGAUCAGUCUGAACACCCAGAAGACUUCCGAAAGCAAUAUAUCAUGUCGAAAAUGCUUGGAAGUGGCGCUUGUGGAGAAGUAAAACUAGCCUUUGAAAAGUCAACGUGCAAAAAAGUAGCUGUAAAAAUCAUUGGAAAAAAGAAAUUUGGAAUGGACGUUUCUGGAAGUGCGGAUCGUGUUGGAAAUGUACACACAGAAAUCGAAAUCUUAAAGAAACUUGAUCACCCUUGUAUUAUCAAGAUCGAGAACUUCUUUGAGGGCGACGACGCUUACUACAUUGUGUUAGAACUAAUGGAGGGAGGAGAAUUAUUUAACAGAGUUGUCACUUCACAGAGGCUUAAAGAAUCUACUGCCAAGCUGUUUUUUUAUCAGAUGCUCCUUGCUGUUAAGUAUCUACAUGAAAAUGGCAUUACUCAUCGUGACCUCAAAACUGAAAAUGUUUUGCUAUCUUCUAACAGUGAGGAAUGCCUUAUCAAGAUAACGGACUUUGGUCAGUCCAAGAUUCUUGGCGAAACCACACUGAUGAAGACCCUUUGUGGCACUCCCACUUACCUGGCACCUGAAAUUAUAGAGACUGCAGGAACUGCUGGAUACAGCAAUGCUGUGGACCUCUGGAGUUUAGGAGUUAUACUGUUUGUCUGUCUUAGUGGAUAUCCGCCAUUUACGGAACAGAACAGGAACAUGUCCUUAAAAGAUCAGAUUACAAGAGGCCAGUAUACGCUGAUCCCUUCCAUAUGGAGAAACAUCUCAGAGGAAGCCAAGGACUUGGUGAAGAAGUUACUAGUUGUGGAUCCCCAGCAAAGGUUAACAACAGAUGAAGCCUUAAACCACCCAUGGCUCAAGGAUGAAGGUAUAAUACAGCAGGCUCAUCAGCUUAUGCGUUUGGAAGCAGAAGCCACAUUACCUUCACAGCUUUCCGGAAGCAGAAAGCGUUCACAUGAAGAGGAUGAAGAAGAGAAUGGUGGUGGUGGCCCUUCCAAACGAUCUGCUCCAUCAACCCCUCUUCUGCAGACAACUCUAGAACGAAACAGACGUGGUCUUCUAUAAAUUAUUUUAUAGCAGGAAGCACAAGGAACUACUUAAAAAAAAAUAAAAUAAAAAAACACUGUGAAUGGGCAGGUUUGGGGAGGGCAGCCUGAUCCCUUAAGUACUGUAAAUGUUUUAUAUAUGUUUUAGGCAAGCACAUACUAACCCAUCUGGUAAUGUUGCUCUUUUUCUUAUAUGAUAAUCGUGAUGAUGAAUUUUUGGAGAAGUUGGGUUCCCAGCUAAGGUUUUUAAUGUUUGACUUUUGAUAACUGCUGAGGUUUUAUUGACGUGUUCAUGGAAGAAUGUUGAGGAUGUCCCCCUACCCCCACCUUUUUAAGCAAGUGUUAAUCAGGUGUGAUGAGAAUGUUUUACCAUUGAGCCCAGCCUUACAAAGUAAUUACUGACUUGCUGUGUCCCUGCAAGCACUUGUGUCAGACUGUGAUUUUAUUUUCUUGGGACCAAGAAAAGCAAGCUGAAAUUAUCAUUGUGUUGACAUGGCUUUACUUUCCGCAUAAUUAAUUCUGGAAAUUGCACUACAGUACUUCUGACUAAAUUUUUUGGGUGGCUGUUAUGUUAAUAUCCAGAGAUGUUAAAUAAUACCCACUGGCGGUUUUCAGACCUAUGAUCAGCUACUGCAUUCAACGUUUACUACUUUCCAUGGACCUGUCACCUCUCCUUUUUUUGCCCAUUUUGUGAGCUUAACCUUUGGUUACAGUAUUGACUGAGUGUCAGUCUAACAGGAAGGUAGUUGCUUGACUGUUUAUUCUGCUUCAUUCCAGAUGUAUAUAUUUCCAUAAGCAGGUCAUUGAUGACUUGAACUUUAGUCCUGCUGCUGUGCUUUUGAAUUGCACAUCAGAAAGUUCUGCUAGUAUGUACACACUGAUUCUUUGUGCUAUGGGCCAACUCAUCUGCCUUUUUAAAUCCCAUCUUGCUUUUUUUAAGGACCAUGUAUUCCCUUGUCCUGUUCAGCUAUCAUUAAAAUCAUUACAUAGAACUUCUCCAAUACUACUAUCGCUAUCUGUUGGUGGAGUACUGUCACAGCUGUCUUUGAAACUGAACUUUCUUUCCCCUCCAUACUAAUUACCCUUUUCUUCCCGUGACAUUGCCUAGUAUAUGUAAUUUCUGUGUUAAGCUCAUGUAGAAAGGAGGCUCACUACCAAAAAGUGCCAAGUUGACGUCUUUUAUUGAAAAUGUUGAAUAAAAGACUUUGACUUGGCACUUUUUGGUAUUGAGCCUCCUGACUACACCUUUGUAUCAUUUAUUGGUGGAAUUGUUGUGUGUUCGUUUCUCUCUGCUUGUGUUGGGUUAAGCUCAUGUAGCCUUACAUAGCAGACGUGACGAAAUCCAUCUCUUCCUUAUAUGAUAUGUCUAUGAUCUUCCUUGUCAGGCAUAUUUAUUUGUAACUUGCUUGUUCUGCUAAAGUUAUUCUUCUGACUGCUUAUUUUAGCAAGUGAAACUUCUGUAAUUGGUAUACAGUGUGAAUUUGCUACAUUUUUGCUGUUGAAGCCUUUGUUUCCUGGCAUAAGGUAGUUUUUUGUAGUGUGUUACAGACUUCUUUAAAAAAAAAAAUCUCCAGAUAUAUUUUCUGUUUUAUAAGUGAACAUUGUCAGUUUGUAUCUGGAAUUUAUGUGGAACUUGUUCCAGUGAGUGCACAUCUUUACACUGUUUUAUUUUAUUUAUCUUUUUUUCUAAUUUAUUAUCUUAUUGAGAUGUAGUUGCAAUGGAUGUUGUCUUCCACAUCCUCUCAUCCUUUUUCUUCAGCAAAAGGCCUAAGAACCCAAAGAUUGUAAAUUUGUUCAGGGUCUUAAUAGUAUGCAGGGUGUAAAUGAUAGG